AACGUAUGUGCGUAAGUUUUAGGUGCAAACAACUGAAAUGUUUAUCAUUAAUUAUGAUAAUAUUACACACAAAAACGUAUUUAAGGCACUCGUGAAUUCGAUAUGCAAUCGACCUUUACACUUAUAAAACUGAAAAAUUCUGUUUCAUCUCGGCUAUUUAUAUAUAAUCACUAUUUUUGUGGAAAAAUAUCUAAGUCUGUAUUGGUGUCAGCUGUAGAUAAUGACAGAAAAGAACAGUUGGAGUUAUGUGAGAAAUAAUAACUUAAACGUUACCGAAUGGAUGUCUGAACUUCCAGCGCAAAUAACAUGUCAAAAAAUUAACACACUGGCUAUUCCAGGCACGCAUAAUUCUGGUACUUACUCACUCAACACUUUGAGUUCUGUGUCUCCAGACAGUCCGUUGUAUUUUCUAAAGAAAUUUUUACCAGCAUGCUUUUUAAGUCGUAUAACCUAUCCAUGGUGUAAAACUCAGUCACUGAGUAUUACUGCUCAACUAAAACUUGGUAUUCGUUAUUUUGACCUACGUAUUUGUAAUAUGAUAAAAAACACAAAGUCAGAGUCACUCAAACUGACAGAAGAAUUCUACAUAGUUCACGGUCAGUAUGCACAGCCACUUGCUAAUGAACUAAAGCAUAUCAAUGAGUUUAUAAAGGCACAUCCAAAUGAAGUGAUCCUUUUAGAUUGUAAUCAUAUUUAUUGUUUUCAAACUGAUGAACAAAGAGAAAAAUUUGAAAAGUUAGUUUUGAGUAUUAUUGGACCUAUAAUGUUACCGAGAAAUCAAGAAAUUCCCUCAUUGGAUGAUAUAUGGGCUACGGACUAUCGAAUAUUAUGUUUUAGUUGUCAUAAUCCUAAACUUGAUAAAAUGCAUUUGAACUUUUGGUCAAUUGAUAAAAUGAAAUCAUUUUGGGCAGAAACAUCAAAUCCAGAGACACUGAUUUCAUUUCUUAAUGAUCAUUUGGGACCAUCUUAUCAUAAAGAUCCAUUGAAAUUCCAUGUUUACCAAUCAGUCUUAACAGCCAAUUCAUUCUUUAUAUUACUGCAUCCAUUUGGCUCUGUACGAAAAACUGCUAAGUGCGUUACACCAUAUGUUAAAAGAUGGAUCAAUUCACCAGAUCACCUGGCAAAUAUAAAUGGGGUAAAUAUAGUAAUCAUUGAUUUCUGUUCAGUAUUUUAUCCUGAGUAUUGCGAAGAUAUCAUUGAACUGAAUUAUAAAACAUGGCCUAGUUGAAAAAUAAUUUUAUUUUGACCAAAAAUUUAUCGAUACUAUGUGUCUGAUUUAGUCGCAACUGAUUAUUUAAUUUCUCUUUGCUUUCAAAGUUUUCUUGGAUGUCAUUUUCUAUAAUA